AUGCAUCCGCUGCGCAGGGACUUUGGGUGGUGGUCUCCAGUGAUGAAGCCAAUUCGAGCUCCCGUUCUCUACGUCCGUGAACUCGACAGAGCAGGUGAUGUUGGCGAAGAUGGACUAAGCGGCAGUUUUGAGCGUCUCCUGAAAGCUGCUCUCACCGCGGAUGAAAUCACUCAAGAGAAUAUGCGAACUGAAGAAGACGAGGAGAUCGAAGAUGCGGAAUCCGCCGACGAAUCGGAUACCAAUGAUUCAUGCCUUGAUCGCAAUAACACCUUUGCAAACUCAUCACCCUAUUCGAUUCAUUUUGAACAGUUGGGAAGAUCUGACAGAGGCGCAGUUAUGUCAACGACGUAUUUGACGGGCGAGAUGGACUUUAUAGACGUCACCGCUGAAGCUACUUCAUCCUUCUCUCCGCCCCAGCAAGGCUUGCCAGGUGGCACGUUUACAGCAUUUUCUAAAGCUAUGAGUGUUUGGAGGGAAGAACUUUGCGAACUACAGCGGUCCGCGAGAAUAAGAAACUCGCAGUCACUUAUGGACCACACCGCUCAGACGCCUACUGAUUGCUCACACGAAGCCAGUAUCGAUGCUCAUCACAGUGGAACCGGGACAGGACAUAUAUUUGCGACAAGCAACGAAAAUGGUGCUUUUUGGGAAUUCGACCGCUGUUGCGCAGCUGACCAGGUUCUCGAGCAGAAAUGGGUUGCUUCGGAACGACAGUUCAAGGAGGGCGUUUCGCACGAGAGCCCUAUUGAGUUUGCAACGCCUACACAUGCAUCAGAAAAUGAGGGAAUUGAAAAUGGAAGAGUUGUUGCUUACGUCCUGUUUAUUGGUGCAACCACUCUCUACAAGACAUGCUGCAAGUUGCUUUCUAAUGGCAUAUCUUUGCAUAUUCAUUCCACAUGUUACAGAUCGAUCCCAGAUCCCACUAAGGUUGCCUCCUUGAAUGAAAAAAGUGCUGAAAACUGCAAAAUCCAUGAAAGAGUAGCGGAACUUGAAAUGCAGAAUCAACAGCUAGCUUUUGAACUAGAGAGACAAAAGCAAACAACUGAAGCGUUACUGCGACAGCUCGAUCACUUCACUUCAAGAAGCUAUUCUUCAAGAUCUGUGAGCGAAAACAACUUUCAAAGAAAAAUGAUGAGGGAGUAA